UUUUUCCCCCGGAGCUGAGGACCGAACCGGCCUUGCGCUUGCUAGGCAAGCGCUCUACCACUGAGCUAAAUCCCCAACCCCUAACUUGGCUAUUUUUAAAGUUCUGCUUGCAAAGUAAGUUUUAGGUUCUAACAGUCAUUAGAUAUAGGGUCUGAAUAUAAGGUCUAAAAAAAUCUAGAUAUGGACAUAGUUCUUGAACAUACAUCAUUUAAGUCAUCACAGGGUGGGAGAAAUUCAAAGGAGAGUGAAACAAGCCAUAGGUGAGGGCAGGCGGCCUUUUCUCUAGAACUUGUCAAGUCUCAUGUAUUCCUUUGUUUGCCCUCAUUUGGGGAUGUACAGCCUGAAUGGAGUUCACUUGGGUCUCAUCUACACCGUAGCUUUCUCUGAAUUUACAAAUCUAUAUGGAAAACUUGGAGGCUCAUGCCCACCUUUCUACCCCACCAAAUUGCUCCAAGUACAUGGCUCACAGAAGGCACCACCCAUCAUUAAUAUGUUUUGUGGAGCUCAGCAUUCCUCCUACAUAACACUCCUUCCCACUUAUCUACUUUCUAAUUUCCUGGACCCCACCAAGGUUCUGGCUUUCCCUUUGUUCCCCUAAUUCAACUCCUCCACUUUGUUAUGCAAGGCAAUUUAACUCUCUUUCCAUUUACUCUGCCCCAGGCUUACCUUUGCAUGGUCAAAGACUCAUUAAUGUCUGCAUAAAACAAAGCACCAUUUAUGCAAGAUGCAAGGCAUAAUCACUGGUGUAGGUUCUCUCUCUCUCUCUCUCUCUCUCUCUCUCUCUUUCUCUCUUUCUCUCUCUCUCUCCUCUUCCUCCUCAAGUUGUAUGGACAGUGUUCUUCAGGAAUGAUUAAGUGCUAUACUCUGGAUGUUAACUAAUCUUUUACUUCUUUUCUGUUACAAACAUUUCCUUGACAUAUAUUUCUUUUAAACAUGUCUUUAAUACUGUGGUUCUCAAACAUUUUAAUUUCAGAAAACUUUUACAUUCCUACAAAUUUGUGCAGGGCCUUAAACAAUCGUUGCUUGCAUGGGUUUUAUCUAUUGAUAGUUACUUUAUUGGAAAUAAAAUGGGAAACUUAGAAAUAUUUAUCUGCCUAAAGUAAUCAGGAUACAUCUAUUGCACAUUAACAUAAACAUCUUCAUAGAAAAAUAGUUUUCAAAACAAUAAAAGACUGGGUAAGAAGAACUGGCACGCGCAUCUUUGCAAUUCUCUUUUAAGUCUGGCUUAAUGGAAAACAGCUGCCCUGCAUUUAGCCUAUUGUUAGAUCAGUGUCUCUGGGAAACCCAGCCACACAGCUGAUCAGAACACACAGAUGUAAAGGCCAAUAUGAGCCUGGAAUUAUUACAAAACUCGCUUUUCAUCUCCAUGACAGCUAAAAACCCAAUUUUAGCACACAUCAUAGUGUGCUUCCUUUUAUAAGGAAAACAAAAUCCAGAAAAGUUGAUACUGAAAUAAGACUAAACCAUGGGGGUCACACUCCUGGACAAGAAAACUCCAGGCAACUAUGGCUGCUGAGAGAGGAAGAGUUAGCCUAUCCCUCUAAUUGGUUGUCCAAUACGAAAUGAUAAUCCCUGAAAUCAUACACACAUAAACAGUUUCAGCAGAUUGUGCUUGCAUAGCCAUGGAUACUUACAUAUAUAUGCAACAAUUACAAUUAAGGAAGAAGAGGCUAUAAAUUUGAGACUGAGUUGGGAGACAUGGAAGAAAUCAGAGGGAGAGGAUUGGAGGCUGGAGAGAGAAAAGGGAAGGAGAGAAAGUGGCAUAAUUGUAUUUUUAAUUAAAGGUGUACACAAAAUAAAAUAAACCAUGAACAAAGCGUCCAGAAAAAUUUUAUUAGCUGACUUUAGUCAAGUUAAGUAACUCUCUUCUUUUCAAUUUCCUCCUUUCUCUAUAAUAACUAUGACUCAAGAGAGCGCUUUUCAAAACUACUUAUUUAGGAGGAACAUAACACAGUUAUCAUCAAGCUCAGUAUGCUUCACUUUUCUCUGGCUCUCAUAACUUCCUGCUCUCCAUAUCCCCCCGCUCAGGGAUCUCUGCUCUAAGCCUCUUCUACACCAUAAGUAAAAAAGACUGAGGACAAUAAUAUUAUCAUCAACUGCAGCAUUUACGGGCUGCGUAGUAAGAGUUAAACAACAUGAGAAUGCGCAUUCUGUUUAAUUUUCUGUGCAUUCUAGGAAGGUGCUAGCUUCACUUUACCGAACUGGCUGAAGGUUUAAGAAGAGAGCCCUCUGGACUCUACCUCUAUACACUUACCCUUUCCUAGUACAAGCACCCAGACGGUCAUAGUUCAUUGCUUCUUAAGUGGAUCCCUAGACGACAUAGGUCAAAGGUGUUAACACUCCCCACCUGUCAACCAAACCUCACGCCUGUCUUCUAAAGAAUCAUACGUGAGCGAUCUUUCUAGUUUCCUGAUGCUUCCGUUCCUGAAGCCCAGUUUUAGAAACCCUGUGAAACUUCCAAGCGUCUGACCCCGCUGAAGUUUGCAGUGAGGAGAAAGAGGUGCUGAUGCACUGCGGGUAGCUGUCUGGAACGGAGAUUCCCUGCGCUGGGCCGAGGCCGGAACCUUUCUCUACUCGACGCAGUACACGGGCUGAGAGCGGAACCUUCCUUUUCUGCUCACAGUUCCCAGGCGGAAGCGAAAUCGGAACGUCCCUCAGCGACCGAGCUCUUGCUGGGGUCGCUUGCUGCUGACGUGUGCCGACCGGCUUCGGGCCGCGGCGCGGGUCGCUAUGGCGGUGGACAUCACACUGCUCUUCAGGGCUAGCGUCAAGACAGUGAAGACGCGGAAUAAGGCUCUUGGAGUGGCCGUGGGUGGUGGAGCCGAUGGCAGCCGAGACGAGCUGUUCCGCAGAAGCCCUCGGCCCAAGGGAGACUUCUCCAGCCGGGCCCGUGAAGUGAUUUCUCAUAUUGGGAAGCUGAGAGAUUUUCUCCUGGAACACAGGAAGGAGUACAUUAAUGCCUACAGCCACACCAUGUCUGAAUAUGGGAGGAUGACAGACACAGAGCGAGACCAGAUAGACCAGGAUGCUCAGAUAUUCAUGCGGACCUGUAAAGACGCAAUUCAGCAACUCAGAACAGAAGCCCACAAGGAGAUUCAUUCCCAGCAAGUGAAGGAACACAGGACUGCAGUUUUGGAUUUCGUUGAAGAUUACUUAAAAAGAGUGUGUAAGCUUUACUCUGAACAGAGAGCCAUCCGAGUGAAACGCGUGGUGGAUAAGAAAAGACUGGCAACCUCCGUGCAUGCAGGGACUAAGCACUGUGCUGUGGCUGGAAUGCAGAAGGCCAUAUACUGUCAACAUGGAACCUUCACACUAAGAUCUAAGCUGGAGCCUGAGCCUCAUACAAAGAGGAAAGAACCCGCAUCUGAGAAAUCCUCUCACAAUGCUUCCCAGGACUCUGAAGAAAAGCCUGCUGCUGAGGACUUGCCAGAAAAGCCUUUGGCUGAAUCACAGCCCGAAUUGGGAACCUGGGGCGAUGGCAAGGGUGAAGAUGAGCUGUCUCCAGAAGAGAUACAGAUGUUUGAACAAGAAAAUCAACGACUCAUUGGUGAAAUGAACAGCUUGUUUGACGAAGUGAGGCAAAUCGAAGGGAAAGUCGUUGAAAUUUCGAGACUCCAAGAGAUAUUCACUGAAAAGGUUUUACAACAGGAAACCGAGAUCGACAGCAUUCACCAGUUAGUUGUGGGGGCAACUGAAAAUAUUAAGGAAGGCAACGAAGACAUACGAGAGGCCAUCAAAAACAACGCAGGCUUCCGAGUGUGGAUCCUCUUCUUCCUCGUGAUGUGUUCCUUUUCCUUGCUCUUCCUCGACUGGUAUGACAGCUAGCCCACCAGGGCCUGGCCUGCACCACUGCCCUGGACAGACCACGUGCCAGCGUGUGCCUCAUCUGCUGUGGGGUUGCGUAAGGCCCAAGGGCUGGGAAAGCAUGGCCCCCAAACCAACCUGUGCACCUCAGGACCUGGAAAUACAUGGACUGCCAGUGCCCUGUAUGCUCUUCAGGGUGCAAGAUAAAGGUAGUCAGGAGCUGCACUGUCAGGACAGGCCACAUGCAUGGUGGAGGCUGAGCAACGCAAGGAUACAGCACGCCUCCUGUCCCCAUCUCCUGCCUUUCCCACACCAGUAGCUUCAGGGAAGAACAUGCCUACUGUUUCUAAAAUCGUUAGUUCUUAUUUCCUUGUGGCAUCUAAUGUGUGCCGGCUUAUAUGUGGCCGAUAUGUGGCUGAUAUAUUUUGUCACCAUUUUGUCACAGAAAAUAUUCACAUCUGCCUUGUCAAGCUAAUAAACGCAAUUACAGCCAUA